GCAAUAACCCAGCCACGUUCACAUGGGGCGCCGCCGUCGCCAAAGCGGUCAUCGCCAGGCACAACUCCCUCUCCUCCGGGUUGAGCCCAAGCCGGCAGGGAGCUCAUCGACCCCGGCAACGUUUGCAUAUAGGUCGCGACACCGCUAUUCCAGUAUUCCUCGGGAAGAAUUCCAGCUCAGAGCCCUACAACAUCGUUACAACGAGGCCACCGCCCCAUCAAGCCCCGUUAGUAACCGGUCGGCACACUCCCACGAUAGCUUGGGACAUUCCGUUUCUACCAGCUAUACCAGCCAUCUAGCGGACGCGAGGCACCUUUCACCUGAUCCACCUACACCAACAAGCUCGAGUAUUUCCACAUACAAUUCUGGCCAUCAUGCAGCCAAUGGCCCUAGAAGACUACAGCAGUACCCAAGUCUCACGUCCAGUGGUACCUCUGAUCCAGAUGUGCAGAUGACAGAUGUCCUUGGUAUCGAUGUUCGUUUCUCGAGUGCUGAGACCCAGCAAUAUGUUGGAACCCAACCGCAAUAUGUUUCUGAUCGAGGAUUUUCUCCUACCAUUCAUCAAAGAUAUCCACACAUGGCAGGCCCGUGGGCUCCAUUCCCUUUUCGACAUGAAGAUUUAUACGUUGGGGAGGACGGGGUCGGCCCUUCCCGGGAGGAAACGGUGCCAGACGAUGCACAGACUCAGAGCUCGCGUGAGAAACGAGGAGGACGAACAAGACCUCUAUCCCCCGCGGCGCGUAAAGAGGCCGGUGAGGUUCGAAGAAUGGGAGCCUGCCUUCGUUGUACCAUCAUGAGAGAAAAAUGCGACCUUCAAGCCUCGUGUCAUACCUGUUUAACCAAAGAACGACGGAAAUUUCCAAAGACGUGUAUCAGAGCCCACGCUGACUGGGCAAGACUCCAGUCGAUCAUGUUUCCUCUCGAAUUGACCUCAUCACUACGUCGCGACCGGCUUUUCCGAUACAUGUCCAAAGGAGCUUUCACUUUGUCACCUCGACAACCUUUCAAGAUCCCACUCGAUCUGGGUGUGGGCACGCCGUUGCAGGUGAUGGUACAGGAGUUUCAUUCUUUAACCCCUGAGAUUGAGUAUACCUACCGCAUCAAGGAAGAUGCCAACGGGAACAAGAUCUACACUCAACAUCAAGUAUGGAGCCCACCAAUCAAUGUGUUUUUCAAGAAUGGAGAGUAUAUGAGACCGGUCCAGGUUCUGAAACAUCAAAUUAAUACAAUCUUUGAGCAUGUGCUUGGGGAUGAAAAGAGCUGGAUCGACUGGACCAUGGCAUAUUUCCCCGCCGAUGAAGAAGACUUUCAAGCCGACAUUCUCAUUUGGAUCGGCAAGUAUUACAGAAAGGGCAUCGAGGAACACGGCAUUCUCAAGGCGGGUCUGAGCUUGCUUUGGUACGAACACUUGCUUUUGAGGAGCUUCGAAGUCCCUUCCGAGGCCAGACCGAUCUUGGCACAGCACCUCGAGAGUCGCCGGCCGACGGAUCUCGGCGAGGAGGCCGAAAUGGCCCCGGAAACGAUCAACCGGUUCCUCAAGGGUAUCAUCCUGCCCAUGGCGGAGGACGCGGCGAGGUCGGUGCUGGAAACACUGCACGAGAGAAUGUUCAAGAUGGCGGUCAACUCGGACUUGUCCAAAGCACGCACCGACAUCGCACUCUGCUUGGCUUUCGUUUUGUUGAUCUUCCUCGGGAGAACGCAGCACGCGCUCAUUCUCCUGGCCAGCACCAAUUCCACGGGUGACACCCCCGGCGGCGGCGGCGGCGACGACGACGACGGCAAGUAUUCGUUGAGCGACGCCAAGGUCAAGAUUCAAGAGAUGGAGGAUUCGGUGACGGAGUACCUGCUGUCCUUUCACAAGUAUACGUUGAGCAGGAAGUCGUCUUCCACUUCUUCUAAAGCGACCACCAGAGUGUCGAGCGGUGAUGAUGAGCGGUCGGCAUUCGAGACACAUGCCAGGGAAUUUGAUCUGGUCGGUCGUCUGAGACGGGAGGUGGGGGUUAAACAUGCGGGUACUAAACCAGAGGAUAUGGAUGUUGGUCCUCUCAACUACAAGACUUUUCGACAUGAAAACGUCCGGCGACUGUGUUGGAAAUUGUUCCAGAAUUUUGAUGUCGACCAGUCCAGUUAGCGAGCCAGCUGGAUGUAGAUGGGGCAGCCCUAGAAAGGCCCAAUGAAGAAAGUCCCACAUGGCUCUCAAUGAGCUUGUGACUUGAGUGUUACUGUGAUAUUACUCAUGAUGUCUAUUGGACAUUUACAUGAAUGGUGUGUUUGAUAUGGAAAAAGAAGGAGAUGGUUGUCUAUGUCUGCGGGUUUGGACUACACGUGAUCCAGCACGAUAUACAUGACCAUGACGUCAGCUGCUUCCGAAAUAAAAUGCCAGCAAAAAAAUGCCCCGG